UCUCAUUGGCAGGUGACCGGGUCUCCGGCGCCAAGACCAGUGGCUACACUAAACCAAAAAUGGAAUAAUUCACGUGAUAUCCGUCUCGAACGGCUCAUCAGCUUGCGUUCCUCCUCCAAAUCCCCGGCGACGGCAUCAUAAUCGUUUGGCCCUAUCAAUUGUCUUCCUCCACACUAUGUUCUUCGCUAGGCGAUCGGCCGCUUCCGCGCGGCUACUGCUGCGCAAUCAACCACAACGGCGAUUCGACUCCCACGCGGCUCACCACCAUGCUGAGCCUGUGAACGAGAGCUUCGGCCGUAGUUUCUACGUCACCGUCGGCUCCUUCGCCUCUGCCUAUGUCCUUUACCGACUGAGCCAGUCUAACCAGGAGUCUGGAUCACAAUCGUGGAUUUCCGGUCUCAUCGAAAAGUGGACCCCUUCGGAGAAGAUCUUCGAGGAGAGAAAUGCCAUUCGCACCGUCGUUAUGGAGAAGGCCGCUCAUGACCGCCACUUGUUCCAGAGUCAGGGCCCGAGAGCGUCGUUCGAAUUGAAGCAGCCCGAAGUCAGCUUCAACACUGCCCCUCCUUACAACGUCCCUGCCGGUUCGGCUGUGGAUCUGAGCCAUGUCACCGCACACUAUGAACGUCAGAACCAGAAGAUGGAAGAGAACCGUGUUGCCCGGAUGCAGGAUGGCAAGGUUGUCUCUCUCUAUGAUUAGACAAAAUUGAUUUUUUCUCUUUUUGUUUCAAGAUGCCGGUAGUAGGCAUGGCAGGGUUAAACAUUAUGUACAUAUAACAGGACAGUUCAAGGUUUCGUUGACCGUUUGAAUUGUUG